UUCCGGCGUGUAAUUCAACUUAGGCGAGCUCCAAAUGCGCCAGAGAAGGCUUUAUUAACACGGAAACGCUUCAAAUUUCGAAAAGACGGUUAGAUUUUUUUUAGAUCGUCAAAUACAAUUAGUCUGUAUUUAUUGUUUUUUGGUUCGUCUUUUUUAACCUGAGGUUGUAAUUUGUAGGUUAUCUUUCUUUUUUAUCCCGCGCGCCGCUUGCUAUCGUAACUGGUUAGUGCGCGCGCGCUAAUUAGCUUAACAGCAAACCGGCAUUAAGUUGACCAAGAGUAACAACCUCGGCGUGACCAUCUUGGCACACCCCCCAGUCAUAACUUCGCAAUGGCUGUUUGCUCACUCUGUUUAAUGGCAAAAGGCAAAACAACCCUUAGACACAGUAUAAUUUCAGCAUAGCAAUAACUAUUUAUUAGGGACUGUAGUUGAAUUGAAUCAUUUUCUGGCCAUUCAAUUUUUUUAAAGUUUGCACUGAAUUUCAAAAGUCUUAUUAAUACAGUAUUUAUUUUCAUUUCAUAGGUUCGUAUUGUAGUUACUGUUUACAGCUGAAUUUUUCUUUUUAAGAAGCAAAUAUACAUAUAUUGUCAGGAAUUACUUUCCCUUUAAGAUUGUGAAAUAUCUUACAAAAUCUGCAGUCAUGGUAUCAACAACUACAGCUGCAAUCAUGGUAGUUAGUACUGUAGGAUUAGCAAGCCAAACUGCCCUGGUGGGGCACAUGUGGUUGCUGAUUCUCGGCUUCAUCAUUGCCUUCAUCUUGGCCUUUUCUGUGGGUGCCAAUGAUGUUGCCAACUCCUUUGGCACCGCUGUUGGUUCUGGAGUUGUGACUCUCCGUCAAGCCUGUAUUCUGGCCACAGUGUUUGAGACUCUGGGUUCUGUACUUCUUGGGGCUAAAGUGAGCGAAACCAUUCGGAAGGGUAUCAUCGACGUGAGCAUGUACAAUGGUUCUGAGCCGGAGUUGAUGGCUGGGUCUGUCAGUGCCAUGGUUGGUUCUGCUGUGUGGCAGCUGGCUGCUUCCUUCCUUAAGCUCCCCAUUUCUGGAACACACUGCAUUGUUGGUGCUACUAUUGGAUUCUCACUGAUCGCCAAAGGCCAACAAGGAGUCCGGUGGCUUGAGCUUCUCCGUAUCGUUGGGUCUUGGUUCCUGAGUCCACUUUUGUCUGGGAUGAUGUCAGCCAUUGUGUUCUGGUUUGUGAGCAAGUUCAUUUUAAACAAGAAAGAUCCCGUACCCAAUGGUUUGAAGGCCCUUCCUGUUUUCUAUGCCAUCACAAUGGGAAUUAACCUGUUCUCCAUCAUGUUCACUGGAGCUCCAAUGCUGGGACUUGACAAGAUUCCUUGGUGGGGCAUCCUGCUGAUCUCGUUGACCUGUGCCCUGCUGGUUGGUGUCCUGGUCUGGUUUGUAGUCUGCCCUCACUUAAAGAGAAAGAUUGAACGGGAUAUGAAGUCUUCUAGCCCCUCUGAGAGCCCCCUGAUGGAAAAGAGGGAUCUCAACGACUCUCAAGAGGAUCCUGUCCCAAAACCGAUCACAGAAGAGAUGUCUGCACCCACGGAGGCUCCUGCAGACCGCAAAGUGAUGUUUGAUAUCGGAUGUGCCGACGAUGGGGAAAAUAAGGACUGUAGUGAAUCCGCUGAUGCUGACGGUACAGAUGGGACGUAUAAGGAACGCAGGGUGGCUUUUAACAUAGGUGACUCUGACGACAACGACUACAGCAACGAAUCUUCCAAGCAGACGAAGAACAACCUCAGCAAUGGCUCUACAAAUGCUCCUCACCGGGUCACCUUUAACAGUCAUUUAAAUAGCAAAGAUUCACAGAUUCCAAACAACGGUUACACCACAUACCACACGGUACACAAGGACUCCGGUCUCUACAAAGACUUGCUGCACAAACUCCACCUGGCUAAAGUUGGAGACUGCAUGGGUGAAGGUGGCGAUCGUCCCAUUCGUCGCAAUAACAGCUACACCUCAUACACGAUGGCCAUCAUUGGUAUGCACACAGACUUCAGACAUAAAGACGGAGAUACCCGCGCUGGGCAAGAUGGCGAGAAAGCCCCAGGCUCGGGUGGUCCAGAGAAGAAGCGCGUGCGUAUGGACAGCUACACCAGCUACUGUAACGCAGUAGCAGAGGAGACGACUCCAGAAAGUCACCAAAAUGAUGUGAAACUUGAAAUUGGAGGACAGGAUGGAGGUAGCAGCCAAAGUUCUCUAGAGGAUAAACUUGAUGAGGACAAGCCAGAGGUCUCCACUCUGUUUCAGUUCCUCCAAAUUCUCACCGCCUGCUUUGGAUCCUUUGCACACGGAGGGAACGAUGUGAGUAAUGCCAUUGGACCAUUGGUGGCCCUGUGGUUGGUUUACUCAACAGGCGACGUGAUGUCAACUCAACCUACACCCAUAUGGCUUCUGCUGUACGGUGGUGUAGGCAUCUGUGUUGGACUCUGGGUAUGGGGUCGCAGAGUCAUCCAGACUAUGGGCAAGGACCUCACACCCAUCACUCCCUCAAGUGGUUUCAGCAUUGAACUGGCUUCAGCCUUGACUGUAGUGGUUGCUUCUAACAUUGGUCUGCCAGUCUCUACAACCCACUGCAAGGUGGGCUCAGUGGUGGCUGUAGGCUGGCUUCGCUCCAAAAAGGCAGUGGAUUGGCGCCUGUUUAGAAAUAUCUUCAUGGCAUGGUUUGUUACUGUGCCCAUCUCUGGCCUCAUCAGUGCAGCUAUCAUGGCCAUUUUCAUCUAUGGCAUCCUAUAAGCAUGCAGUUGCAUCCCAGACCAGAAGGGAGAAGCCGCUACAUCAAUGCUUAACCAGAAGAGGAGUAAUAUUUCGUGGCCAAAAUGUAUUGCUGACCUCAAUCUGACAACUGAAGGGAGAAAAAAAAACAUGUAGACGUGUUUAAUCAAAGUAUGAAAGUACUUAUUUCAUGUGCCUGUUGUUCCUGGCCACACCAUUUUUAUUUUCCUGUUAUAUCACUGGUUUACUUCAAUGUAAGUAGAGAACUUGCAUAUCUGUGCUGUAUCUUGAAAACUUUUUUUUUUUUUUCCAUAGACUAUAUGCAAUUACCUGUGUAAUUAGUUUUACAUGCUGGGGAACAAUGCUGUAGUUGUUUUAUUUCAAGCUUCAGUUUAUUUUUGUUUCUGUCAAGAUUAAGAAACCUUUCUAAUGUCCAUAUAUUUGUUACGUAUCAGUUUUUAUCUUUUUUUUUAUAGCCUUGCAGUUGAAAACAGUCACAUCUAACAGCUGCUUUGGUGAACUUCAGCUUCAUUUAGCAUUGUUCAGAAUGUGCUGUAGACAAACUUUCUAUUUGUCGAAUAAAUCAUAUCAAAGGAAAGCUGUAACUGAAACACUACAAGAAAAGGCGCCCUUAAAGAAGACAUGUCAGUAUUUCUAAAUGGGAACAGAAUUUGCUCUCAAAUUAGCUGCAUAUCUGCAAACUUAGAUGAUUGCUUUCAACAUUAGUGGUUCACCCUCCAGCAGCCAUUUCCACAACGGCCCCUCGCAACAUGGCAUGUUCUAACUUUGCUCUUUCAUUCUGUAUCUUCCAAAUGCAAAGAACUGGACCUUCAAACUGGAGACAUGAGUGUGUUGGCACGGAAUGGCUUGCAUUUUCCUUAAGUCGCAUAUUGUGUACCGCCAGCGGGUGGAUGGUUGAUUGCAGAACUAAAUACUUUUCAGACAAUA